GUGUGUUAAAGGGGUUUGAAGGAACAAGAAUUAAGAGUUUUUAUCUUUUAUGUCUUGUAAGGUGAACCAAAUGCACGUGAAUAGAUGCAGCACAAGCAUGAAGUUUCCUUAAAAGCAUACUUUGUCAUGGAAAUGUGUACUCUAGGCUCGUGUUCAUUGUUUUAGAAAAAAGGAGUAUUUCUUAUAAUUGUGCAAGAAAGUAUUAAAGUAAUCUGCAAUGGCUUCUCUAUUUGAUCAGUAUGAGCAAGCUACAUCAAUGUCUUCUGGCUAUAUGACGGGAAAACCAGUGAUACCAGAAAUGACUACAGCUGGCAUUAUAAACGCAAAUUUAGAAGACGAUAUUCCCAUGUUCAGCAAGAAAAGAAUCCCGUACAGUCCUACUGAUCAUGUUACCCAUAUGGCUGUGUGCAAUCUUCAAUUAGUACUAGGGAUGCGGAAUAAGAUUAGAAGAAUGGAUUUAGCCCAACCUGACAAAUACGAAGAUGUUGAUUUACAAAAAUUAACCAAUGAGAAGGGGAAGAUUUAUGAAUUGUUUCUGGAUCGUCAAGGAAAUCAUCUCAUAAUUAGUCUAGUCAAUCCUGAAAAUGAUGGUCCAACGGAAAAUUUAUAUUUAACUCGUGUUGCAAAGAAGCCACAACACUGCACAAAGUUGAAGGGACAUGUACUGAGUGCGGUUGCUUGGAAUCCUCUGCUUGGAUAUGAAAAUACUACUGGCAUGAUAUUAAUUGGAACCACAAAAGGUUUAAUAUUUGAAGCCGAGUUAGCAUCCAGCGAUGACAGACCUUUCUUCCAAAGUUCUCCUGAACAGUAUUGUAAACAGAUGUUUGAUAUAGGUACAAGCAAUGUGUUGGGUUCUGUUUCUAAGACAAUUACUGGUUUAGUGUUUCAUAAAAUAUCUGGAGAUACUUAUUUUGUCUUUGCUGCUACCCCAAGUCGCCUGCUGCAGUUUAUGGGAAGUGGGACAUCUGGUGACCCUCCUGUUUUGCAAAAUGUUUUUAAUUGUUAUAGAGAUAAUCCAGAAAGUUACAUUGAACUGCCUGGAGAUUUACCAUAUAGCAAACUACAGUUGUUUUAUCCAAACACAAAAUCUCUUCCUACAGCCUUUGCAUGGCUGACAGAGCCAGGUGUUAUGUAUGGAACCAUUAAUUAUGCAGCAAAGUCUCCUCAAAACCUUAUUGCAAGUAACAAGAAAAUAUUACCAUAUCCUGAUGAAAGAAAUGAGAAAAGGACACCAUUGUCUGUUCUUCUUACUGAAUUUCAUGUUUUAGUUUUAUUCAGGGACAGAAUCAAAGCAAUUUGUGUUGUUAACGAACAGCUAGUGUUUGAUGAUGCUUUCACAGAGACUUACGGAUCUUUAAAAGGGAUCGUUAAGGACCAGGAAAAGAACUCCAUUUGGGUAUUUUCAGAUAUGGCAAUCUACCGAUACAAAGUUACAAAAGAAGAUCGGUAUGUGUGGGAGGUGUAUUUAGACAAAAAAGAAUAUGAACUUGCUAAGCAAUAUUGUAAGGGUGAUCCUGUGAAAUAUGACAAAGUCCUGUCCAAGCAAGCUGAUGACUUGUUUAAAAAGAAAAGGUAUGGUGAAAGUGCUGUUAUCUAUGCUCAAACUCACACAUCAUUUGAAGAAAUCGCCUUAAAAUUCUUAGAAGCUGAGCAGGAAGGAGCUUUACGAAAGUUUUUGAUGAAAAAAUUAGAAGGUUUGAAAUCGCAAGACAAAACACAAAUCACGAUGAUAGUUAUGUGGCUAAUGGAAAUAUUUUUGAAUGAACUUGGAAUUUUAAGAACUGCUGGCAGGGAAAAUUCACAGGACUAUUUAGAUUUGCAAAGAGAAUUCCAUAAUAUUCUCAAAGAAUCACGAGUCAAGGAAAGUGCGUCAAAUAAUAGGAGUGCUGUCUAUAGUCUAAUGGCAUCUCAUGGUGAUGAGAAAAAUUUAAUUUACUUUACUAAUCUUAUGAAAGAUUUUGAGAAAGUUAUACAAUAUCACUUGCAACAUAAGAAUUAUCAAGCAGCUUUAGGUGUUCUAACAGAGCAUAGUCGUCCUGAGCUAUUCUAUCAGUUUUCACCAGCCCUGAUGCAAACAAAUCCAAAAGAAACAGUUGAUGCAUGGAUUGCUCAAGACCGAAGAUUAAAUCCGGUGCAGCUAAUUCCAGCUCUUGUCCAGUAUGACACUAGCAAAGAUCCAAGACAAGGCAGUGAGGCUAUACGCUAUUUGGAAUAUUGUGUGGAAAAAAUGGGAGUGAAAGACCAGGCUAUCCAUAAUUAUUUAGUAUCUCUUUAUGCUCGACUCCAUGAGACAGAAAAAUUAAUGGUGUAUCUGCAGAGACAGGAUGAAAGUGACAUUCCUUAUGAUCAAAAAUAUGCACUCCGUUUAUGCUCGGAGCAGGCCGGUUUUGAACAAGCUUGUGUUCACAUAUACACUACUAUGGGACUGUAUGAAGAAGCUGUUGAUUUAGCUUUAAGGGUUGAUGUGGAACUUGCAAAGCAGAAUGCCGAUAGACCAGAGGAUGAUGAUGAACUACGAAAAAAACUUUGGCUAAAAAUUGCUGAACAUGUGGUAAAAGAAAAAAAUGACAUAAAACGGGCCAUGGAGUUCUUACAGGAAUGUGACCUAAUAAAGAUAGAAGACAUUCUGCCAUUUUUUUCGGAUUUUGUCACAAUAGAUCAUUUUAAGGAUGCUAUAUGUUCCUCGUUAAAUGAGUAUAACCAACAUAUUGAGGGCUUGAAAGAAGAAAUGGAAGUUGCAACAAAAAGCACACAAGAAAUAAGAGUUGAAAUACAGACUUUUCGAAACAACUUUUCCACUGUUACAGCUCAAGAGAAAUGUGCAUCCUGCAGUUAUCCCAUCAUGGGUCGUUCAUUUUAUUUAUUUCCAUGCAAACAUGUAUUCCAUUCAAUCUGCAUGAUUGCUGAAGUAACCCCACAUAUUUCUCCCACUAAACAAACUCGUGUUUCCGAAAUUCAAAGGCAGCUGGCUGCUCUUGUUGGACAAGAAGAUUCGGCAUCCAUCUCCUCGGCAUCUUUGCUAACUGCAGCUGUUAGCACUAAAGAUAGACUAAAUGCUGAGCUUGAUGAUUUAGUUGCUUCAGAAUGCUUAUAUUGUGGAGACAUCAUGGUCAGGUCAAUAGAUGUCCCUUUCUUAAACAUGUCAGAAUAUUCUGCAAUACUACAGAGUUGGGAGUGAUGCUCUCAUGAAAACAUUACUAUGUUUUGUAAUUUUGAAUAUAUCCCCAAAAUGUAUAUAAAAUAAG